AUGGCCGAUGCAAGAAAUAUCAAUGAUGAUAAUGAUGAUAACAAUGAUGCGGUUAGACAAGAAGCAUUCGAGAACAGAGUUACAGAAGUAGCGGAAGGGGUUAUACAAGCCAAUCUUCCACGGUUGGCUCAAGAAGUAGAAAGCCGAGUUCUAGGGGUUGUGGAUGCUAUGAUGACUAAUAAGUUCGAAGAGUUGAAGGAAUUAAUCGAAGGAUCCAAGAGUAAAGGUAAGGAACGAAGGUGCACUUACAAGGAUUUUAUGGCAUGCCAUCCGAUGACGUAUGACGGUAAAAUUGACCCAGUCGAAUGUCAAAGAUGGGUCUCGAAUAUAGAGGCGGUGUUUAUACGAAGCCGGUGCGAUAAGGAGGACCAAGUGAUGUUCGCUACCGGUUUACUAACCCAUCAAGCGAAAGAUUGGUGGGAUGCGCACAGCAAGGAAAUAGGCGAAGAUAGGCUGCAAGCUAUGACUUGGCAAGAGUUCAAGGGGCCCUUCAUGAGAUAUCAUUGUCCUCAGUCGGCGAUCGACAAGAUUCAGGAGGAUUUCUUACGCCUCCGGCAGAAAAACGAAUCAGUGAAUGAAAUAGCAAACAAUUUUAUGGAUAAGAUGAAGUUCUGUGGAGAAUUGCGCGGGAUAGAGAGAUCGAAAUUAAAAAGGCAAGAGGAGCGAGGUGAAAAGAGGCCGAGUGAAAAAGGGGCAAGUUUUAGUCCAUCCAAAAAGGGGAAGUUUCAGGAUCAAGGAAGAAAGGGUAAGUCGAAAGGUGGGAUUACGCCAUGCAAGACGUGUGGAAAGCUCCAUACCGGAGAGUGUUUGCUAGGUAAGAAGGGGUGCUUUAAAUGCGGUAAGGAGGGGCAUUCGUCCUAUCAAUGCCCGGACAACCCAAAGACUUGUUUCAACUGUUUCGAAAAAGGGCAUAUCAAGUCGGAAUGUCCAAAGCUUCAACAAGGGUCAAAGAAAGAAGAUAAGAAGCAAGAGGGUUCUAGGGCAAAGGGGAGAAUGUAUCAGAUCACGUCUGAAGAAGCCAAGUCCCAACCAAAUGUGGUUUCAGGCGUGAAAGAAGAAGGUACAAGCACUAAGCAAGCGGAAGGAGCACAAGAUCGAGGUAAAGCACCUCUAUAGGCGAUUUGGAGUCAUGGGACGAGCACAUGUUCAAGCCUUAUAAUACCAAGCGCUUCCGCAACUUAUAUGCAUACUUUUGGGUCCAUGUUUUGUUACUUUGUUAAACUUUGUUGAAAGGUUUUAGACUUAAAAAUUCAUUACUUUUGUUGGAAUGGUUUUAUGUAAACGUUGAAUGUUAUGUCA